GCUAGUGUGUGUGUUCAUAAGUGACUGUUCAUAAAAAAUGGCGCUAGUGUGUGUGUUCAUAAGUGACAGUUCAUAAAAAAUGGCGCUGGUUCGCAUCGAAGACGGUGAUCCGUGGCUCACCGAAUAUGAGUCGUGUGAUAAGCUGUUCAGAGAGAUUAUGGAACAGUUGACACUUCGCAACAGGGAAUCACGAACAUCUCAGAAUUAUGCCAGUUUGUCAGCUAAUAUUCGCCUGCGCAUGAAGCAGUACAGCGGAGAGGUAGAGCAACUGAAAAGUAAGGUCGAUGAGGACUUUAAAAUGCGAUCGAUAACUAGGGAAGAAGCUGAACGAAGAUGGCGUCAGAUCGAACAGCUGCAAAGCAAAGACGUGCAGCUUCAGCAGCUCUACAAUGCACGCAGCAGUAGCCUCGCCUCUGAUCGAGCCAGACUCAUGCAACCCAAUUCUUCAGCUUUUGCCGAUAUGGGAACGACCAGCUGGGGACUAGAAGAAGACGAUGAUCAGCCUAUUGACAUUCAAGUAUCUGUCGAAGAUUUGAAAGUUCAAAAGUUACGACUUUUGCAAGAACAAGAUGAAGGUCUGGAAGCAUUGUCAAAAGUUAUUUCUCGACAAAAGGAUAUCGCAAACACCAUUAAUAAUGAAGUCGAUCAUCAGAAUGAAAUAAUCGAUGAUCUGGCCGAUCACAUGGAGAGGACCGAUCAACGAUUAAUCAAUGGAACUCGCCAAGUCGGUAUAAUUGAUCGUAAAGAUCGAACGUGCGGUUAUUGGAUUGUUAUCAUCUUGUUAUUUAUCAGCAUAAUUGCAGUUGCCGUAGUUUAAAAUUAGCAUAUAGAGGCUUAUAUUCACAAUAUAUAAUAAUCAGCACGGUAUAUUCAACACACGUGAUAUCGAAAGUAAAAUUUGUGACAUUUCUUGUUCGCCCCUUGCUUCAGAUAAUCGAAAUGGCAACUUUACAAACAAUAUUGUAUAUACGAUUUCACACUCUUUUCAAUUAGCACACUCGCAUUGGAAGUUUUCAAAAAUUUGUGAAAACCAUUGUACGCGGCUGUAAAGUAAAUCAAUUCGGUGCAGCCCAAUUAUUCCGUUUAUAAUUAGAUUUUAUGCUAUUAUUUGUAAAUAUAUUAUAGAUAUUUCUCUCGCCUGAAACUCUUUUCAUCGCAUUUCACUGGUCUUUUUCACCACAUUGAAAUAGUAGCCAGGUUUGAUUUAUCAGUGUAUCCUUGUUGGGAAAAGAAAUCGAACAUGUUAGUAUCGUUACAGAAUGCUUGAGAGUAUUUUGAGUUGACUGUCACUGAAAAGAAUAAACGAAAAUUAAACGUGUUGGGGAUCUAACACAAAGAAACGAAGGUCAUUCUUUGUGGAUUUGAUAAAUUGCAAUAUACAACAAGACUGAAUUAUGGGAGGAAAAAAAUUGCAGCAAGUCAGUCUUCCAGGAUAUUUUUUCUGUGAACUCUGCAUUUUAUGUGCAAUAACAAAAGAAUUGAAUUACUCAAUGGAUUGAGGAGUAAAUUUUGAGAUUUACCUUGUGAAUGACCUAGUGAAGUGUAAUUUUUUUUCUCUAAUGUAUGAUAAGUAAUAUGUAGUAUUAUUGCAACAUCGACAGGCAAAAGCUGUCUACAAUAUAUGUAUAUAAAAAAUUACUCCAAAUCUAUGAGUAUGUAUUUA